AUGCACGACAAAUUCUCAGGGUCCGAAGCCCCCAACAAGGUCCGGAUGAUGGUGUUCGAGACAGACGAGCCGCACCCUGAGGAUCAUAAAGAUAAGGGAACAUUUGGAGAUGUACUCGACAGGUUGUUCAAGACCGCUGGUGACAACCACGACCCACCGCUUGGAAUUGAGACAGCCAUGAAGUUCGUUGUCGAGCCCAAGGGCGGAAAAGUGCCUACGGUGGAUGAUUUGAAAGACGUCCACGCCAUAUUGAUCACGGGAAGCAUGUAUGAUGCUCACGGCGAUGACGAGUGGAUCCUGAAACUCAUAAAAUUGUUGCAAGUUGAUACUGUUCCUGGCGGUGACUGGGAGCUUUCACAUACCCACAUCACGCUCAGUGAUGUCGGAAAACAACUCUUCAGGACAAAGAACGAAGAGUUAAGGCUACACCAAAUGCACCAGGACCACGUUGUCAAGCCACCAAGUUCCAAGACCACCGACCUGCUCAAAGACAAUCANAAAGUUCACAUUUGGGGAAGCUCGGAACAUACUGCCGUUCAAGGCAUCUACAUCAAGGACCGCCUUUUCACAUCUCAAGGGCACUUGGGCUUUGAUGAGGACAUGGUCAAACGACAAAUUGAUUUGCGCAUUGAGAGCGGCAGUCUUAAAGAUCUGGACCACGCUAGUGCGGCCAAGGAGACGGCUGAUAUGGAACAUGAUGGUGAGGCGGUCGCAGGGUCAAUUCUACGUUUGUUCCAUGGCGACGACAAUGACAUUCCUUGA